UAUUUAUAACUGAGUAAAUGUGGAUAUCCCGUGAGCCCAGAGCCUUGUGGUUGUCUACUCUAGAAUCUUUAUGUGUAACUGUCCUCUGUGUCUAAGCUACAUCUCUAGAAGAUGAGCUCCUUAAGCCAUUCUUGGAUACUCGGAGGUGGGGCUGACUGAUGUACAGCGGUGAUUUGACCCAGCACUUGAGGCAGACACAACAAGAGUCAUCAGUGUUAAUUUCGUUGUCCUCCAACCAGCAUUCUGAAAGUGCGUUGACACUUGUGGCCUUGCACUUUUUCAUCGGACUUCCAACUGCAUAUUUAAACUCACACACUUUUUAUAAUGAGGAUUUCGGUGUAGGGUUUUCUGCAGGAUACCAUUUGGUCCUACUAAGAACUGACUGUUCAAAUGUUGGAACAUUUGAUUGGAAAAUACUUCUUAGUCUUUUAAAGGUUACCACUGAUUAGAAGAACUGACUCCUUCUAAGACUCAUCAGAUCAUUUCCUGUAAAAACUGUAUCUUUCUAAUUGUGAAAAAGAACCAGACCUCUUGGCAACCACUUUCAUCAGACCCGGGAGUUGGAAAGAAGCAGGUGCUAAACCUCAGUUUUUCCUUGAACAAGAGAAAUGGGGUGCAGUCGAAGCUGUGGGCUCAUUGCUGGUGCUGCCAUUGGUGCAGUCCUGGCUGUGUUUGGAGGGAUUCUAAUGCCAGUUGGAGACAUGCUUAUUGAGAAGACGAUUAAAAAGGAAGUUGUCCUUGAAGAAGGCACAAUUGCUUUUAAAAAUUGGGUUAAAACAGGCACAGAUGUUUACAGACAGUUUUGGAUAUUUGAUGUGCAGAAUCCAGAUGAAGUGACAGUUAAUAGCAGCAAAAUUAAAGUUAAGCAAAGAGGUCCUUACACAUAUAGAGUUCGUUAUCUAGCCAAGGAAAAUGUAACCCAGGACCCUGAGACCCACACGGUCUCUUUCCUGCAGCCCAAUGGCGCCAUCUUUGAACCCUCACUAUCAGUUGGAACUGAGGAUGACACGUUCACCAUUCUCAACCUGGCUGUAGCAGCUGCACCACAGCUGUAUCCAAAUACAUUUAUGCAAGGAAUACUCAAUUCACUUAUCAAAAAGUCCAAAUCUUCUAUGUUUCAAAACAGAACUUUGAAAGAACUAUUGUGGGGCUAUACGGAUCCAUUCUUGAAUUUGGUUCCAUAUCCUGUUAAUACUACAAUUGGUGUGUUUUAUCCUUACAAUAAUACUGCAGAUGGAAUUUACAAAGUUUUCAAUGGAAAGGACGACAUAAGCAAAGUUGCUAUAAUUGACACAUACAAAGGCAGAAAGAAUCUCUCCUAUUGGUCAAGUUAUUGUGACCUGAUUAAUGGUACAGAUGCAGCCUCAUUUCCACCUUUUGUUGAGAGGACAAGGGUAUUGCAAUUUUUCUCCUCUGAUAUUUGCAGGUCUAUCUAUGCUGUGUUUGGAGCUGAAAUGAAUCUGAAAGGAAUCCCUGUGUAUAGAUUUAUUCUUCCAUCCUAUGCUUUUGCAUCUCCACUUCAAAAUCCAGACAACCACUGUUUCUGCACAGAAAAAAUCAUCUCAAAAAAUUGUACCUUAUAUGGUGUGCUAGACAUUAGCAAAUGCAAAGAAGGAAAACCUGUGUACAUUUCACUUCCUCAUUUUCUACAUGGAAGUCCUGAUCUUGCAGAACCUAUUGAAGGCUUAAGUCCAAAUGAAGAAGAACACAGCACGUACUUAGAUGUUGAACCUAUAACUGGAUUUACUUUACGGUUUGCAAAACGGCUGCAGAUCAACAUGCUGGUCAAGCCAGCAAAAAAAAUUGAAGCACUAAAGAAUCUGACGCAAAACUAUAUUGUCCCUAUUCUUUGGCUUAAUGAGACUGGUACCAUUGGUGAUGAGAAGGCGGAAAUGUUCAGAAAUCAAGUGACUGGGAAAAUAAACCUCCUUGGCCUGGUAGAAAUCGUCUUGCUCAGUGUUGGUGUGGUGAUGUUUAUUGCUUUCAUGGUUUCAUAUUGUGCAUGCAGAUCAAAGGGAGUAAAUUAAAUUGCUGACAGAAAGCUGCCCUGUAUAGAAAUUCUGGAGCUGCCACUGACAAUUAUUGACCUUAAUGUGCUCAAAUCAUGCUAUUUUACAUGAAUUUCACAGCUAAUCCCUAAUAAAAAUUUAUGAUUUUCCAGUAGCCAUGGAUCUAUCAGCAUCCCUUCUGUUUUUUGGAGACAUUACAGAAAAGUACAUUUUAACAGUAUAAAACUAUUUUCAAAGCGUGAAUCAGUUAAAUUGAAGAUUUAAAAAACAAACUGGACUUUUUGGACCAAUUUUUUUGUGUGUGUUCGUGAGAUUGAAAGCUUAGACUGAGGAAGGCAACUCGAUCUUUUAUUCUGAUGCUUUCUGCCUAUAUAUAUUUCCUUAAGAGGACACUGAACAAUUCUGCCUAUGGUCUAUUUGGACAGAAUGUAUUCAAAAUGCUAAUACAUUCAUGUUAUAAUAAAGGAAAUAUGGCAUCACCUUUAAAACAUGUCAUCAAUCCAGUAACAAGUUAUGUUUAAACACAGUAAUGCAUAUGACCAUUUAUAUAAUAGACCAAAAUAUCAUCCAUUGAAAAGCCAAGUUAAAACAAAACUUGUUCUAGUGGGAAGAUAAGCUUUUCAAAAUGAACUAUAGUAGUUGUAAAUUUUUUGGUAUUAUUCUCUAUUGAAAUUACAUAACCUAUUUCAUCAGUGCUUAAUGAGCCCUGAAUGUCCAACAUCUUGGGUCUCUAUGUAGCUUGGGCUUCCCUGGUAGCUCAGCAGGUAAAGAAUCCACCUGCAAUGCAGGAGACCCUGGUUUGAUUCCUGCGUCGGGAAGAUCCCCUGGAGGAGGACAUGGCAAUCCACUUCAGUAUUCUUGCCUGGAGAAUCCCCAUGGAUAGAGGAACCUGGAGGGCUAGAGUCUAUGUGGUCACAAUGAGUUGGACACAACUGAGCAAUUCAGCAGAGCUAUGCAGCUGAAAGUAAAAGACUGAAAACUUUCCAGAGUGUCUUUAUCAACAAGUGUAUUGAUUUGGCUUAAACUUCUGACUGUUACAAGGAAAGUAACUGCUCUUUAUACAACAGUAUGUCUUUUUAUCUUUACAAAUAGAGAAGAAAAAAUUUCUAGGUUGAUUACUUGAUUUACUAGAUUUAGAAGAAUCACAGAUAUAGAUUUCCUUAAACAGGCCUCAUGUUGAAUAUUGUAAUUAAUUAUGCCUUUGGGAAGAUUUAUAAACAACUGAAAAAUAAGGAGACGCUGUGCAGAGGGAAUAAAGUAAAGAUGGGAGAGUGAAGGUGUGGAUUUAUUCAAUGGAUCACGAAGAGAAUAAGCCAAUAGUCUUUUCAAAAGAAGCAGUACAUACACCACUAAACAGAGGAUGGUCUGAAGGGACAGCAAGGAGUGGAAAUGCUCAUGCAGAGCAGAUUUAAUGAGUGACCCUCCUUAUCUGACUGCGUGCAGCUCUUGAGAGCUGGGAAGGAGCCUUCCAUGAACCCUGGAAUGGGAAAAUAACUGCCUUAUCCGUGAAGCACAUCAGAGAAAUUUUCUCUACAGCUGGAGAAAUUGGGCUGAUUUCUAGAAAAUACAACAUCUUUAAUAUAUAGAAUUUGAGUCUUAACUAUUUUCCCAUGAAUUUCUGAUAUGUACCUUAUCUUUCUUCUUUCCAGGGAGUAAGAGUCUCUACAUUUAUGCACCAGCUAUGUCAGGACCUUUCUUAAUAUCACCUUACAAAAGUCAAGAUUUUCAUGCUUUAUUUUUGCAAAACACACCUUAUCUUACAGUUCAAGAACUGGUGGCACUCCCUCUCACCUGCCCCCAUAAGCAGCAGCACAUUUCAAAAGGAUUAUUAAGACAUCAUUAAAUUCCACACUUUGAACAAAAAACCAGCACUUUUAAAAAUUCAACAUGUUCACAAUGGAAUGGACUUCAGUUUCUACAGAUGUGGCCCACUUAUUUUUACUUGGUACUGAUUCACUGAUUUAUUCCCAAUGCUAAAUUCAGCAGAGAGAUGGUCAUUUCUACACAAAUCCUGGACCCUGAACACUAGCCUUCCUCAUCAAAAGGAAAACAUCACUACCCUCAUCAGUGUCCCCGCAAAACACAGACCCAGUACUGUCAGUACAUUGCCUCUGAAGAGCAAAUAUUUUGAAAGAUAUUUGAAAAUGUAAACUAAAUGACUAGCCUAUGAACCAUUUAUUAUACAUUUCUCAAGGUUUUUUUCCUCUACGGAACCCUUUGUACAGCAUCAGCAAGGCAUUAUAACCAUGGUAUUUAUAACAAUAUGUGCUUAUAUUUUUGUCAAUGGUUAUGCAUUUGGACAUGUUUGAGAACUUUGCUAUCUUCCAUCUUCUACAGCUAUUCUGGAAAUCUGAGCAAAUUUUCAUCUUUCUACUCAGUUGCAUACAACUUAUGCUUGGCACCUUCAGAAUGCUGUGCUAGUACUAAGAGAUGUAAAUGAUAAUACAGAAAUUAUUAUGUGGAAGAUCACUAGCUGUAGAAUGUGUAUUCAUAGUGAUUUGUUGUAAAAUUUCUUGCUUUCAUUGUCACCUCAGAAAGACUGGUUUUGAACAUUAAAAGAUGUUCCUUAAAAUCUU